GCUCACGUUUUUUGGGGCCAGAACCGGCGAAGCGCCGGAGAGGCGACCGCUUCGCGGUUUCUCGCCAUGGCCCCACAGGGGAGCAGCCCCAAGCAGCCAGAAUCCGUGCUACCGGAUGAGGAGUGGCAGGAGAGCGCCUUCCGCUAUGCCCCUCCGCAGUUUGAGGACUUGCUGCGGCGCCACGAGGCGAACUUGGCCCACGCCAUGGAGGAUUGGUUCCAACGUUUGGCGGGGAUCAUUGAACCUCUUCAGCCCGCGAAAACAGAAUUGACUGAAGCCUUCUCGCUGGCCGUCAACGGCAAUGGUACGGACUCCACCACCAAUGAGAUCCCCAAGGUCGACGACUCCAACUCCCCAGCGGGGUGGCAGAGCCGGAACAGCUACGUCAUGAACAGCGAGGAGGACCUGGAGAGCGAGAAGAAAUGUUUGCCCCAUUUCUGUCCUCAGCCGAAGGAGGAGGGCGCCUACGUUUGGCAGAUCCGCUUGCGGCGACUUGUUGAAUCCUGGAUGUUCGAAGCCCUCUUCGCCUCGGUGAUUUUCACGAACUCCGCCUUCAUUGCCGUCCAGGUGGAGAUCGCCGCCAGCAACCCAGGACAGCCGCAGAGUGACGCGCUCUUUGCAGUGGCCACAACCUACACCUUCUUGUUCACUCUUGAGCUUCUUCUUCGAUUGGUGGCUCGUCCGUCUGUCAUCUGUGGGGAGGACUGGGCCUGGCUGCUGCUGGAUACUACGGUGGUGCUGACCAGCCUCUUGGAGUUCGCGCUGGAGCUGCCGCUGCAUGCGGAGGGAGAGGCGGGAUCCAAUGGCAUCUUCAGCAACAUGCGGCUUCUUCGGGUGCUGCGCGUGGCAAAGAUCACCAGAGCCCUGAGAAUCAUCAGGGUGGUGAAGUUUGUGCGCUCGCUGAAGUCCCUCCUCUUUUGCAUUGGCCGGACCAUGCGAGCAUUGGCAUGGUCAGGGGUGCUGCUGUUUUUGAUCAUCUUCCUGUUUGGCCUCAUUUUCACCGACAUCAGCACAGAGUUCUUUGCACGCUCUGAGUCCGGAGGUGACACUUCAGACUUCCUCUCCAAGCGCUUCAACUCGCUGGCGAGCUCCAUGCACACCCUCUACGCCUCCAUCACCGGAGGCUUCACCUGGGUGGAGGCCAGAGAUGCCUUCAGCGAGAUCGAUUUGAUGUGGGGUUGGCUGUUUGAAGCCUAUAUUGCCUUCUGCCUCUUCGCGGUUUUGAACGUCAUGACGGGGGUUUUCUGCCACUCAGCGAUCGAAAGCGCAGAGAAAGACCACGAGCUGAAUCUUCAAAUGGUGGCCGCGGAGCGAGCCAAGUACUUCCGAGCGGUGAAGCGCUUGUUCGCGCAGUUGGAUAAAGAUCAGGAUGGAGGCAUCACGGCGAAAGAGUUUGAGAUCGCCUUGGAAAACCCCGCGCUGAUGCACGUCUUCGACGCGCUGGAGCUGAGCGUGGAAGAUGCCUGGGCGCUGUUCCGGACCUUGGACAGCGAUGGAGACUCCCGUGUGGGGCCUCUGGAAUUUCUGGAAGGCUGCUUGCGUCUGAAGGGCGCGGCGAGAUCCAUCGACGUGGUUUGCAUCAAGAGAGACCUGGCCUCCGUGAGCAACAAGCUCGACACGCAGGCGGCAGAGCUGAUGGGGGCUUUGAAGCAGACGCUUCGGCGACUCUCCUAAGGAGCAUCGCCCCUCACGUCCGCGUCCGCGCGCGAAUCGUUUCUGCGCCCAAUUCGGCUGAUUGGCCGAUUGGCCGAAGCACCGAGCCAAGGUGUUUUGUUCGGAGGGGGACA